AGGACAGACUGACAGAGACAGAGACAGAGAGACAGACAGACAGUGACAGGGACAGACACAGACACAGACACAGAGACAGCGAGAGGGCGCUUCUCCCCGAGCCCGCUGCCUCCCAGCCUCGCUGCUGCCGUCCCCAUCCUCAUCUCCCCGGAGGCAGAGGCGCCAGGUCCGCUGCCGGCAGCCCCGGAGCUCCGGCCCCUGCUCCCAACCGGCGGCAUGAACACCAACGAAGCCAAGGAUUACCUGGCCCGGAGGGAGAUCCCCCAGCUCUUUGAGAGUCUGCUAAAUGGCCUGAUGUGCUACAAGCCUGACGACCCAGUAGAGUACCUCGAGAGCUGCUUACAAAAAGUCAAGGAACUGGGGGGGCCGGAGAAGGUGAAAUGGGACACUUUCGUGGGCCAGGAGAAAAGGACGUUGCCUCCCCUGAACGGCGGCCAGUCCCGAAGGUCCUUUUUGCGAAACGUGCUGCCUGAAAACGCCAACUUUCCUUAUCGGCGAUACGAUCGGCUCCCUCCAAUCCAUCAAUUCUCCAUAGAAAGUGACACCGACCUUUCGGAGACGGCCGAGCUCAUCGAGGAAUACGAGGUUUUUGAUCCGGCCCGAGCCAGACCCAAAGUCAUCCUGGUCAUAGGAGGCCCAGGAAGCGGGAAGGGGACGCAGAGCUUGAAAAUAGCCGAGCGCUUCGGCUUCGAGUACAUUUCCGUGGGAGAGCUGUUGAGGAAAAGGAUCCACAACACGAGCAGCAACCGCAAGUGGAGCCUCAUCGCCAAAAUCAUCACCACGGGAGAACUGGCCCCGCAGGAAACCACCAUCACCGAGAUAAAGCAGAAGCUGAUGCAAAUGCCCGACGAGGAGGGCAUCGUGAUCGACGGCUUUCCGCGGGACGUGGCGCAGGCCAUCUCCUUCGAGGACCAGAUCUGCACCCCAGACUUGGUCGUGUUCCUGGCUUGCACUAGCCAGCGGCUCAAGGAGAGGCUGCUGAAGAGGGCGGAGCAGCAGGGCCGGCCAGAUGACAACAUGAAAGCCACACAGAGGAGACUCACCAACUUCAAGCAGAACGCCUCGCCCUUGAUCAAGUACUUCCAGGAGAAGGGGCUCAUCAUGACGUUCGAUGCUGACCGAGACGAAGACGAGGUGUUCUCCGACAUCAGCAUGGCCGUCAGCAGCAAGCUGUUCCCGCCCUCAGAGGCUGCGGCAGGGCCAAGCGAAUUUGACCUCGGGGUGGAAGCUGGAGAUGGGAUGGAUGCAGAGUCUGACUUGGAGGACCAGGGAGAUGAUGAGAUCAACAUUUUUGGGGAGGACAUUCUGGACGAUCUUGCAGAAGACUUGCAGAAGUCCAAGAUCAUUUUCGUGAUUGGGGGUCCAGGCUCUGGCAAAGCAACCCAGUGUGAGAAGCUAGUGCAGAAAUACGGCUUCACGCGCAUCACCCCCGCCGAACUGCUGAGGGACGAGCUGGCCUCGGGGUCCGAGAGAAGCCUGCUGAUCGGGGAGCCCCUGGAGCGGGGGGAGCCGGUGCCGGCGGAUGCCAUCCUGGAGCUCCUGAAGGAAGCCAUGGCUGCCCACCUUGGAGGAGACACGAAGGGUUUCCUGAUUCAAGGCUACCCCCAGGAAGUGAAGCAGGGGGAAGAGUUUAAGCGCAGGAUUGGAGAGCCCCACCUGGUGAUCUGCCUGGAGUGCUCGGCGGACACGAUGACCAGGCGCCUCCUGCAGCGGAGCCCCGAGACCGGCCCCGAGGCCCUCACCGGCCGCAUCCGGACCUACUACCAGGCCUCCGCCGCCCUCAUGGCCCUCUAUGAGAAGGCACAAUUACACAAGAUCAAUGCGGAGGGGAGUCCCGAGGAAGUGUUUCUGCACAUCUGUACAGCCGUCGACUCCCUCUUCUGAAGGCCGCGAGGGACGGACGCAAGCGCAGCUCCAGGCUCCGUGUCCGGCCCAGAGCGCGGCACAUGUACAAAGCUCAGCCUCUCACGUCCCACGGGCAAAGGGGAGCCAGGGUCAGCGUCCGCUGUGCCCGGCCCUGGCCAGUCUCCUCUUCCGUCCCCCCACUGACCACCCACCCCGUGUCUCUCCUUUCUCCGCGAGUUUCCAGGGCCCAGGGAUCGGUGCGCGGUGAGGCGGGCGGGCAGAAGGGUUCGCCCGGCAACGCUCGAGGCCGCGCUCCAAGAGGCUUCCCCCUUCGUCUUUGUGGUCACGAGUGUUACAGGAUGUGGAGGACCCUGUUCAGUCAUCCUUUUCCUGUCAUUCAGUGCCUUCACGUUCCCCUUCCCCUCUCCCUCUUCUCCCAAGCGCGGAGCCGCCCAGCAAACAGACAAGACCCGGACACCGUGUCAAGAGUAGAAAGGGGAAAGCUGCUGGCGGCCAGAGGCCGCUGUGGGCCGGGAGAUGGUCCCGGGGGGUGCCGGCCCUCACCGAGGAGGAGUUGAGGACGUCACGGGUCUGGCCUCUUGCUGGAAAUAGCCCCAGAUUCGGGAACGAGGUGGACGGGAAUCCUCGGGUGGACGAGGAUUUCCUUCCUUCCCAGUGGCACCAAGACGGGCGCUCGGCGCCUGCCUUGGAAAGCCUGGCCCAGAGAGCUUCCGAAGGCCCGAGUCUGUGGCCCCCGAAGGCACGGCCCCACGGAGGCGCCCCGUGGACGGCCUUCCAUCAGUCCCCCCCCCUUCUCCCCUCCCCGCCUCAGCCCCUCACGGGCUCACUAGGAGAAAGGAGCCUCCCCACGGAGGUGCUGGGGUGGGUGUGGCUCUUGGGCCCCCCUGCACGCCCCCAGGAAGACCCCGCCAUGUCCUCUGUCCAGUGUCCGUGGCCACGCUUCUCCCGCCGGUCCCUGCCGGCCCCGGAGCCCCCGCUUGCAUGCGCUCUCUCUGCUCGCUUCCUCCACCAUUUCUGGGGCAGAUCUACAUUUCUAAAGUCACCUUUCUUGUAAUGACCUAUAACUGCCCAAUAAAGUUAAAUGGCAGACGG